AUGAGUGAUACAGAAAGUGAUAGAGAAGUGACCGAGCAUACAGCACUCAUGGACGGCCACAUAGCAGAGGCUCGCCCCGACCGCGAGAUUGCUGAGAGACUCGCUAGGAAAAGAAAAACUAAAGCUGAUGCCCAGCGUAACUAUGGAUCAGUGGCACAGCCUCAAGAAAGCUCUUCCAGUGCCGCUGGUGGCUCAGGUUCACAAGCACCUGCUCCUGCUCAACUACCUGCUGAAGAGUUGGAACUUAAAUAUGGUGCACGACAUGUUAUAAAACUUUUUGUACCAGUUACUUUGUGUAUGAUUGUUGUUGUUGCUACUAUAUCAUCAAUACAAUUUUAUUCAGUAAAGGAUGUAUAUUUAGCAUACACACCUUUUCAUGAAGAAAGUCCAUAUGCUGUGACAAAAGUAUGGAAUGCCCUCGCAAACUCAAUGAUUCUUCUAAGUGUUAUAGCAAUGAUGACGGUUCUGCUUAUUGUGCUCUACAAAAAGCGGUGUUAUAAAGUAAUACACGGAUGGCUUAUUAUAUCAUCAUUGAUGUUGCUCUUCCUCUUUUCUUAUCUAUAUAUUGAAGAAGCACUCCGAGCAUACCAUAUACCUAUGGAUUACAUCACCUUAACAUUUGUUAUGUGGAACUUUGGUGUCGUGGGAAUGAUAGUAAUUCAUUGGAAAGGGCCUUUGCGUUUGCAGCAGGCAUAUUUGAUUUUUAUAGCAGCUUUAAUGGCUUUGGUUUUCAUCAAAUAUCUACCGGAGUGGACUACAUGGGCCGUUCUUGCUGUUAUUUCUAUAUGGGAUCUAAUAGCCGUCUUAACGCCUAAAGGACCACUUAGAAUAUUAGUGGAAACGGCGCAGGAACGAAAUGAACCUAUAUUUCCUGCUCUUAUAUAUUCAUCCACGGUAAUGUACUGCCUGGUGGCAGCUGGAGUCGAAGGAAGCGGAUCAGGGACAGGAGGGGAGCGCGGGGCGGGGGAAGGUGAGCUGCGCCCACUCACGCACGACACUGACGUUCGCCGCGAUGGCCCGGUGCGUCGUAGCGCGACUGACGAGGGCGGCUUUGAACAGUGGCCGAGACAGACCCCGACGCCCCGACAACUCAGAGUCGACACCACGCCCGUCAGCUACACCACGAGGGUCGAGAGGCACCCGCAGCCGCAGUACGAGUCGGAAGAGGAGAAGGGCGUGAAACUGGGUCUGGGUGACUUCAUAUUCUACAGUGUGUUGGUGGGCAAGGCCAGCUCCUACGGCGAUUGGAAUACGACGCUCGCCUGCUUCGUCGCUAUUCUCAUCGGCCUCUGCCUAACCCUGCUGCUGCUGGCGAUAUUCAAGAAGGCGCUCCCGGCUCUGCCCAUAUCGAUCGCCUUCGGGCUCAUCUUUUACUUUGCAACGCGCGGAGUGGUGAAGCCCUUCGCCGACGCUCUCGCCGCUGAACAAGUCUUCAUCUAG